AUGCAAAAUGGAUUUUACCCACCGCCACAGCGCAAUUACUAUACUUAUGCACCGGCCAAACCUGAUCAUCGACAAAAGCGGAAGAACGUAGAGUUAGAGAACGGGUCGCCCAUCGACCUUUUGCCCCCAAAGAAGAAAUCCAAAGCUAAAAAGAAAAAAAUCAAAGAACCGGAAGAUCCCAACGCCCCUCCCAAACCGAAAAGAAAAACAGGUCUGAAUAAACCACUCAUACUGAGUACAGCAUUAUCGGCGGUCAUGGACGGUGAUACAGAGUUAUCGCGUCCGGAACUAGUAAAAAAACUGUGGAAGUAUAUCAAGGAGCACGAACUGCAAGAUCCUGUGGACCGAAGAUACAUUUUAUGCGAUGAGAAACUCAAGCUAGUGUUCGGAGGACAAGACCGAGUGAAUAGUUUUACCAUGAACAGAGAUUUGUCUGCACACCUUACCAAGAAAACAGAAGGGCAAAAAGAUACAUCUGUGUCUCCUGCAUUGACCGCCGAUACACCCGACGAUAUCGUCGUCACCCCAAAGGAAGGGGAAGUCAUUCAGUCUUCAAUGAGCUCAUCCUGA